GGUAACCCUCCAGGCCAAGCGGCGCUCUCUUGCCCGCAUGAUCUGGCGCCAGGCUGGCCCGGGGUUUGCACUGAGAAGGAUUCUGGGCCCAAGACGGCGCAGGAGCUAAGGAAAGGCGUGUGCGAGAGAGCACACGUCCGUGCGUGAUUCGUGGGGCUGUGGAAGUGCCCGGGGACUCGUGCGAGGCACGGUACAAACAGGGCUCCGGCAUAAAACGCGCCCCAGCGGGACUGUGUUCAUUUCCGCCGCAGGCACUGGCCUCCCUCAGCAAGCACUUCCUGCCAGUAGCGCUCCCCGGCGGCCAUCUUCUGGCCCCCUGCUGGGACCGUCCGGAGCAAGGCUGGGCGCGUGGGGUCCAGGCACCCGCAGGGCCUGGCCCUCCGCCGGCCGACCCCAGCCGGGGCGCUCGUCUCGCCCCGAGGUGAGUCAAACGGCGGCCGUGGGCAAGGCGCUCAGUGCCCUGGGCCUCGGCUCCCCGCCCCUCUGCGCGACAGGGCGCCUGGCACGGGCUCGAGCUCACUGGACUCAUCCCUGACGCCAGCCUCACCGGCAUCCUUCCUGCCUCGCCUCUCUGCUCUGCCACAUCCUGCCAUUUCCUUGGCCAGCCAAGUUGCCUGUGGAGAAAACAUGAUCAUCCUGUGCCCAGGGGGGUUCUGUGGCAUGAGCCCCAAGGCUGGGGCCACCGUAGCUGCUGUCUACAUGAUCCUAGUGACUAACAUGUACCUUAUCUUUGAGGUUGGCCAUUUCCAGCGAGCAAUGUUGGAGAUGGAGAAAAUCAAGCCCUUCAACAACAUGACCAGCAUGGGGAAGAUGCUGCCGUAUUGCUACUAUACGGCCUUCAUGCUGGCCGUCAUGACCUACCCAGUAUGCAUCCUGCUCCUCUACUCAGUCCACAAGCGGCACUGCAUGGGGAUGUUCGCCUAUGUCGCCUGGAUCACCUUCUACGACCUGACUAACUGCCUCCUCGUGGCCCUGUUGUACCAGAUCUCCAAAGAAGCCUGGUUUUCCCUCAGCCCACUGGAGUGGUUUGGGCUGGGCACCAGGAUCCCCACGGAUUGCUUCUGGCUCUCCUUCGUGGUCACGCACGCCCUGCUGCUCAGUGAAAGCAAAGGGCAAGGCCGGAUGUCCCUCCGGCCGAGGCGGGUCUCCAGGAACGUGUCAGAACCGCCCAGGUUUAGGCUGGGCUCCACUGUUAGGAAAGGCUUAUGAGGGGAGGCCUCAGAGCCCUGUUGGGCCCCUAUUGAACUUGUGUAGCCUAGGGAUGGAGCUCAGAGGCCAUACCUGUGGAGUCUCCCUCCCUGGAGUCAGUCAGUGUUUCCAUUUCUGUUGCUGCAGGUUCCACUUGUGACCUCAAGUCUGAAUAAACUGCAAAGCCUGUCAUGUGUGUGUGUUUGAAAAAGGGUGGUCCCAGGGCCUUCUUUUGC